AUGGACUUCGAUUCUUUUUUAGCUGAGGUGGGUGACUUUGGAAUUUACCAGACAGUGCUUUUUUUCUUAAUUUGCUUACCAGCAAGUUUGCCAUCUGCUUUUUCGGCCUUCAAUCAGCCAUUUGUUGUUGGAGAACCCGUUCAUAAUUGCAAAUUCCCUACGAAUCGUGAGGAUCUCAAACCAAUAGCAGUUUAUAUUGACUUUAUUGGUAAUUUAAAGGAUGACUUAAGCUGUUGGCAAUAUAACGAAACGGAAGUUGACCUUUUAAAAAACUUGAGCAUUGAAGAUUUCAAGGAAGCUAGAAAAGAACUGAAGUUGAUACCAUGUCAGUACGGAUGGGAUUAUGAUAACUCAACAUAUAUCAAUACGCUCGUCACAGAGUUCAAUCUGGUUUGCGAUCAAAAGAAUUUAAUCGAUUUGACUGGCACAGCGUUCUACAUUGGCAGUUUCAUCGGCAAUAUCGUGUUUGGUCACGUAGCUGAUAAGUUUGGCCGUCGCGUCUCAUUUUUUAUAAUUUUGCUUACGCUUGUGGUAUUCGGUUCGGCCAAUGCAUUUGCACCAAAUAUUGAAUCAUUUAUUGCAUUACGCUUCUUGACUGGAUUACCUUUUCCUGCAUUGUUCCAAAUACCAUUUAUUAUUAGCAUAGAAUUUAUGGGUGAAUCGGGUAGAGUAUUCUGCGGACUCAUGAUUGAUGCAUUUUUUGGUUUAGCAAUGGUACUUUUGGGACUCCUAGCGAUGUUUGUUCGUAGAUGGCGACUGCUUAUUUUUUUAUGCAAUGCCCCAUUCGUCAUACUUUUCUCAUAUUACCUUUUCUUACCUGAAUCUCCACGAUGGUUGGCUUCAGUAGGCAGAUUUUCAGAAGCCAAAACUGUACUUUCGAAAAUAGCUAAAGCAAAUGGCAAGAAAGAUGUUGAUGUCCAUGAAUUAAUUUUGCAAAUGGAGAGAAACAGAUAUUCUAUUGGUGAUACGAAAGAACACACCCUAUAUGACUUAUUCAGAACGCCAAACUUGCGGAAAAAAACACUUAUCGUCACAUAUAUCUGGUUUGUCAAUGCUGCAGUAUACAAUUGCAUGACUUUAAAUAUAUCCAAUUUGCCUGUUAAUGACUACGUAUCGUUCAUAAUAAACGGAGCAGUGGAACUGCCUGCUUAUUUCAUUAUUUGGCCUCUAUUAAGUCUGAUAGGUCGUAGAUGGAGCCUAGCCUCAUCUAUGUUAUUAGCUGGUAUAGCCUGCGUCUCAACAAUGUUUGCGCCGCCUACUACGAGUAAUUUCAAUUUGAUUUACAAAGUUAAUAUUGCAAAAUUAUGGAAUAUAAGUAAUUUAUUUUGGCUAAAUUUGUAUGCUAUUCCUUUAUCAUGA